CGUAAGUGUCACACAAUUGGCUCGACGCAAGUGGAUAUUUCUAACUCCUGAGAAAAAAAAUUCUACUUUCUUCGCGCUGUUUAUCAUAUAUCUCCUCUGUCGCGAUCUUUCGUUACAAAUUGUUCGUGAAUGAAUUUUUGAAAAAAAUAGAAAAAAUUUUGGAAUGUCGAAGGGAUUCGAAAAUCGGGCGGAGAAUUCGAUAAAGGAUACCAGGCCACCUAUGAAGGAUUCCGUGCUGGAACUGAGGCCGAGAAUGGCACGAAUGAUGUCCAUCGUUGAUAUCACCCCACGCGACAGACGUUUGGUAGCGGCAUUAGCAAUUCGUUUUUUUUCUUUUUUUCUUUUUUUUUUCCUCCUCGUGAUAAACGAUGAACAACAAGUUCGACGACAAUUACAACGUUGGACUAGAAGCAAAAGAUACGGUGAACUGUCGACGUAGUAGCGGAGAUAUAUCUAUGUUGUUUGGUUCGGUUUUCCAAACUUGUCGUGAAUUUUGAAUACUUUGUGCAAUGACCAAUCAAUAAUCAUUAUCGUGCACAAUUGUAAUAAAUUUUUAAGUAUGCCAAAUUGGUAUCAUGGUGAUGAAUAGAGAAGAGUGAGGAUCAAGUCUCAGAGGAAAUAAGAUAUUAGAAUAAUAAUUGAAUAAUUACAAUGAGUUCAUAAAUGUGUAUUUUUGUAAUGAUGAGUGAAUACUAGCUUAGAGACCAACCUAUUAAUUUUAUAUAAAAAUCACAUUGGUAAUAUAUAUCACAUUUGACUUAAAUGUUAAAAAAAAAUUAAAAGUAUACAAUAGUUAAAAAUAUUAUAAUAAAUUCUAAAUCCACAGCAAUAAUAAUUGAAUACAAUUAGUGUUCAUAACAUAUAUUUUUGUAAUGAUGAGUGAAUACUAGCUUAGAGAUCAACCUAUUAAUUAAUUUUAUGUAAAAAUCAUAUUGGUAACAUAUAUCACAUCUGACUUAAAUGUUAAAAAGAUCUAUAUACAAAUAAGUAUCAUAAUUAGUUAAAAAUAUUAAUAAAUUCCAAAUCUAUAACAAUAAUAAUUGAAUACAAUUAAACAAAUGUAUUCAUAAAUAUUUUUGUAAUGAUGAAUGAAUAUUAGCUUAGAGAUCAACCUAUUAAAUAAUUUUAUAUAAAAAUCACAUUGAUAUCAUAUCACAUCUGACUUAAAUGUUAAAAAAGAAUUAAAAGUAUACAAUAAUUAAAAGUACUACAAUAAAUUCCAAAUCUAUAACAAUAAUAAUUGAAUACAAUUAAACAAAUGUAUUCAUAAAUAUUUUUGUAAUGAUGAAUGAAUAUUAGCUUAGAGAUCAACCUAUUAAAUAAUUUUAUAUAAAAAUCACAUUGAUAUCAUAUCACAUCUGACUUAAAUGUUAAAAAAGAAUUAAAAGUAUACAAUACAAUAAUUAAAAGUACUAUAAUAAAUUCCAAAACCAUAGCAAUAUCGAUAAUCUAAGAUGGCGGGCCAGGAUCCAAAAUUUCAGAAGGAGGCCGCGGACCAAAACUUCGAUUACAUGUUCAAGCUGCUGAUCAUUGGGAACUCGUCUGUUGGUAAAACGUCCUUCCUGUUCCGCUACGCGGACGAUUCCUUCACCUCGGCCUUCGUAUCGACCGUGGGCAUCGAUUUUAAGGUGAAAACGGUUUUCAGACACGACAAAAGGGUCAAGCUACAGAUCUGGGACACUGCAGGUCAGGAAAGAUACAGAACAAUAACGACGGCCUAUUACAGAGGCGCGAUGGGCUUCAUCCUAAUGUACGAUAUCACGAACGAGGAGUCGUUCAAUUCGGUGCAAGAUUGGGUAACGCAGAUCAAAACGUACUCGUGCGACAACGCCCAGGUGAUCUUGGUCGGCAACAAGUGCGACAUGGAGGACGAAAGGGUGAUCACCACCGAGAGAGGCAAGCAAUUAGCGGACCAAUUGGGCGUCCAGUUCUUCGAGACGUCGGCCAAAGAGAAUAUCAACAUUAAGACGGUGUUCGAGCAAUUGGUGGACAUUAUAUGCGACAAGAUGAGCGAAUCCCUGGACAAUGAUCCGACCCUAAUCGCGGGCGGAAUGGGCCAGGCGAAGGGUCAACGGCUCACCGACCAGCCGACGAAUCCAACAGACGACAAUUGUAAUUGCUAAGAACGUGGACGCCCAUCUACGAUCGCUAAGCCAAGAGAAAUAUUAAGAAGAAGGAUAAUCGACGAGAAGAAUAAAAAUAUAAGGAGAAAAAGAAGAAGAAGAAGAGGAAGAAGAAAAAUAAAUAUUAGAAGAGAAACGCGUGUAUGUCUAUAUGUACAUGUGUGCGUAUGAACGCUGUAUGCGUAUGUGAACCGUGUGUAUCCAUAGUGUAUACAUGUAUGCGUGUGCAUGAAGAGAGGAGAAAGCGCGAAAGAGAAGUAGGAGGAGGAGGAGGAGGAGAAGGAGGAAGGUCGAGCGAUAAACACUGGCACUUCAGUUCACUUUGGUUCUUCUCGCCUUUGUUUUUUUACCGGCCGUUCUUCAUUCCGCUCUUUUUCUUUCCUCCUUUCUCGAUCGAUAUAUUUAUAUAUGUACACAUAAAAUAUUAUGUAUAUGCGCAAGGGCGAACUGCGAAGUUAUCGAUCGAUUCUUCGAAAAAUUUCGCUUCGAUAAUUUCAAGUGAAUUCUUCUUAUUUUCAACAAAUAUCUUAUUCCAAGGUCUAUUUCUUUAACGAUUUAAAUUCCAUUCUCUUCGACUCUUUGUUUGUUUUGAAUUUAUCUUAUAUAUAUAUAUAACGGAAUAUAUAACGGUUAGAUAAUAUAGUUCAAGCUAUAUUCGGCGUUCACUUGGCAGAUUAGAGAAAAGCUCGAGUUUUUUUUUAUAUAAUAAAUCUCUUCUUUUUUCUUUUCUUUUUUUUUUUUUUUUUUAGUAAUCGUUCUGACGCUCGAGGAUCGAUUCACUGACUCACUAUUUAUUAGUCACGCGAUUCGCCUUGUAUAAUACAUAUAUAAAUAUGUAUGACGAUUGUAGCCUGAUUACGCGGAGGUGUCAUCGAGCUAAUCCGAGUCCGAUCACGAGCAGACAUUGAAGUUUUUGUUUUUGUUUUUUUUUCCUUGGGUUCGACGGGGAAACUCGAAAAGAGGGAUUUCAGGGAUUUCGUGAAAGAUGAGCAUUUGCAAAGAGCGAGUCCUGACGAGUCCUGAAUCCUGAAUUGUUCGUGACAAGAAAAAGAAUAAAAGAAAAUACGCGUUUAAAUUUACCGCCUUUUUCGCCUGCACGGUUGCUGAUUCUUGUCGCUCGUAACUUUCGAUUUCCAAUUUCUUUCUCGCACACAUUCGGUUAACACUUUUUUUUAGAAAAAAAAAAGAGAAAAAGAAAAAUUACAUCAUUCGAGAGAAGGAAUUCGUGUAUUUUGAGAAAUUAAUCAAAUCUCUCCAAACUUUUCGUUUUCUGCUCGAUUAAUCGACGUAAGCUGGACAAUAAGCGAGAGAGUGAACCGUUCGAAGUGAAUCGAAAAAAAAAGGAAAGAAUUUUUCUCGAUUUCACUUGGAACGAGACAUUCGAACGAAAGAUGCGAUAAGGCGGAUGAACGAAGCAGAACGUGUUGUCGUUUCAGAGACAACUCGAGAGCGAACUGAUUCAUCUUUUCUUCGAUCUCCUAUAUUUUUUUCCCCUUUUCUUCUUUUCCCUUUUUCCCCGAUCAGUUCGUUCCGGAUCUCUCGAAUUAAAUUUAUCGAAAUCCCCCCUCGAAGGAGUUCGAUUCAUCGGAGAAUUGACAAAACGUUGACGACUUUAAGCGCACCUUAAAUCGAAGAUCUGAAAUUCUCGACCGGGAAGCGAAUAAGGAUUUGGCACCGUCCACGCUUGAGAAAUACACACACAAUUAUAUAUAUAUAUUAAAGAAGAUACGAUUAAAAUAAAAUCUCGUCUCUGCGUCAUUGAAAUCUAAGCACUGACUCGUGACUCGUCGUUUCCAUCGACGAUUAUAAGAUCACUUUUUUUUCAAGCGUGUUCGAGGCUUCGACGCCCCUGUCGACGCAACAACAACAAGUUAGGGCAAUUCUGGUAACGAGAAAAAGAGAAAAAGAAAAAACAAAAAAGAAAAAAAAAAAGAAAGCAAAAAAAGGAAAAAAAUUGAAAAAAAAAAAAAAGUCGAAAUAUAUCUGUACGUGUUGUAUUCUCAAUUGGCGUUUCCUUUCCCUUCUCGCAAGGGGGGAGGGAGGGGGGGAAGCGUGCUCGUGUUUUUUCACCAGGAGGAGGCUGAUUCUCCCUCGAACCUAUAUUUGUUCUCGACGACGUCGAUCCGAUGCACAAUAUCUUUUCAAUCUUUUCGAAUCCUCCUCGAAGGCUCGUUCAAAGCUCGAGCACCUGAGACGAUGUUAAUAGAAAUUGUUUCGGCGACGGCUGAAGUAGACGUUGACGUGGACGCUCGAAACGAGGCUCGUCCCUUGAGAAAAAAAACGUUCAACACCUCGGCGUCUUCCUCUUCUCGGGAGGAAUUCAUUUUUUCCCCUCCCCGGGCCCAUCUGUCGAGACGAUCGUUUUUCCAUUAUUAUAAUCUAUAUAAAAAUUUUUAAUGAUCGAUCAGCUGGGGGGAACUUGAAGAGUGGCGAGAAUUAUUCGUGCGAGAUUAAAUAAUUCUCAGGUGAGAGAAGAUUUGUAAUUCUUUGACAACGCGCGUGGUUAACGCUAAAAUGAAUAGCAAAAAUUAUUGGAAAUUUUCUAAGAAGUAUAUGUAGCAAAAUUAUUCCGUAAAUAAUUAAUAGAGAGAGAGAAAGAGAGAGAGAGAGAGAGAGAGAGAGAGAGAGAGAGAGAGAGAGAGAGAGAGAGAGAGAGAGAGGAGAGACAAAAUUAAAAGCGUAAAAAGAAAUGGAGAUUUGUUAAAUUUUGUAAAAAAAAAUUAGGAAAUCGAA